CUGCUUCGUUCCUUGCCAACCCCGGCUCAGUCGUUCAUGACCACGUUCACUCAUUCGCUUCUUGACUACGGACGAGUUCGAAUCGCUUCGAACGCUACGGAUCGGUCGGUCGCCUCGAAUCACAUCGGUUGGGAGUUCAAAAAACAAUUGAAGUAAAUUGAUCGCAAUUUGCAAGUGAACAAAAUGUCAGACUAAACGAAGAAGGAAACCCCUUACUUUUCGCGUCUUAAGCUUACUUUUGUGAGAAAUUCCGAAAAAAAAACAAAGAGUUAAAAAAUAAAAUAAAUAAACGGAAAGGCGCGAAAUCAAAAUUUUUUGAAAAAUGGCUGAUGAAAGUUUGCAUACCGUGCCGUUGGAGCACAACAUAGACUAUCAUAUUGUGACCUUGUUCGAGCGUCUGGAGGCGAUGCGGAAGGAUAACCAUGGCGGAGGCCAUGGGGUCAACAAUCGUCUGUCCAGCACCCUGCAGGCCCCCAAGCGCAGUAUGCAGGCUGAAAUUCGCACGCUGGAGUUUUGGAGAUCCAUCAUCAGCGAGUGCCUGGCCUCGUUCCUGUACGUGUUCAUCGUUUGCGGUGCUGCCGCGGGUGCCGGCGUGGGUGCCAGUGUGUCCUCCGUGCUCCUGGCCACGGCCCUGGCCUCCGGGAUGGCAGUGGCCACGCUGACACAGUGCUUCCUUCACAUCUCUGGCGCCCACAUUAACCCCGCCAUUACUUUGGCCUGCAUGGUGGUACGGUCUAUAUCUCCGAUCAGGGCAGCCAUGUAUAUAACCGCCCAGUGUGGCGGAGGAAUCGCCGGAGCCGCAUUACUAUACGGAGUUACGGUUCCCGGAUAUCAAGGCAAUCUUCAGGCAGCCAUCUCCCAUAGCGCCCCAGUGGGCUCCUGGGAGAGAUUCGGUGUGGAAUUCAUCCUCACCUUCCUGGUCGGACUCUGCUACUUUGUAUCGACGGAUCCCAUGAAGAGGUUCAUGGGCAAUUCGGCCGUUUCCAUUGGAGCUGCCUACAGCGCCUGUAGCUUUGUUUCGAUGCCCUACUUGAAUCCUGCCCGCUCCCUGGGUCCUUCGUUUGUGCUGAACAAAUGGGACCACCACUGGGUGUACUGGUUCGGACCCCUGGUGGGCGGCAUGGCCUCCGGCCUGGUGUACGAGUACAUCUUCAACUCCCGCCGCAACUUCCGCCAGACCAAGGGCAGCAUCGACAACGACUCCAGUUCCAUCCACUCCGAGGACGAGCUGAACUAUGACAUGGAAAUCGAGAAGCCCGGAAAGUACCAGCAGUCGCAGGGCACCUAUCCCCGUGGGCAGUCCAACCGCGGUGAUGGCGGUGGACAGGUCCAGGGCAACGGCCAGCAUGCGGCUCCCAACAUGGGCCAGAUACCCGGUGUGGUGCAGGGGCAGGGCAACUACUGCCAGAACCUGUACACGGCGCCUCCACUCUCUUCCAAGUACGAGCAGCAGCAGGAGCCGCUGUACGGAGGCACCCGCUCCCUGUACUGCCGCUCGCCCACUCUGACCAGGAGCAAUCUGAAUCGUUCGCAGUCCGUUUAUGCCAAGAGCAACACCGCGAUCAACAGGGACAUUGUGCCACGUCCUGGACCACUGGUGCCAGCCCAGAGCCUCUAUCCGAUGCGAACCCAGCAACAGCAACAGCAACAACAGCAGGUGGCAUCCACCGGACAAUCCUCACAUUUGCAAAACCAGAAUGUCCAGAAUCAGAUGGUGCAACGGAGCGAGAGUAUCUACGGAAUGCGUGGCUCGAUGCGAGGACAACAACAGCCCCUGCAGCAGCCUCAGCAAAUGCAACAGCAACCGCCUCCGCUGCAGCAGCAACAAAUGCAGCCACCUCCGCAAAUGAUGCCCGAUCCCCAGCAGCAACAGCAACAACAACAGCAGCAGCAACAGCAGCCACAAGGCUUCCAGCCAGUCUACGGCACCCGUACGAAUCCCACGCCCAUGGACGGAAAUCACAAAUUUGAGCGACGCGACCAGCAACAAUUGUACGGCAUGACGGGGCCACGGAAUCGUGGACAAUCGGCUCAGUCGGACGACAGCUCGUACGGCUCGUAUCAUGGUUCGGCGGUUACGCCGCCGGCACGUCAUCCAAGUGUGGAGCCAUCACCACCUCCGCCGCCCAUGCUGAUGUAUGCCCCGCCCCCGCAGCCAAAUGCCGCCCACCCGCAACCCAUUCGCACCCAGUCGGAGAGGAAGGUAAGCGCUCCCGUUGUGGUGUCGCAGCCGGCAGCCUGUGCCGUCACUUACACAACAUCGCAAGGCCCGCCGGUGGCCACCCAACAGCAACAACAACAACAACAGCAACAGCAGCAGCAGCAGCAGCAACAACAGCAGCAGCAACAGCAACAGCAGCAACAGCAACAAAUGAUGAUGCAACAGCAACACUAUGGAAUGCUGCCUCUACGGCCCAACUGAAAGCGACUGUCGUGGGGUCCAGUGACCACGCCGCCGCCGCAAGCGAUGCAUUCGCUGACUCUACACGCCGCUGGCACCAUGACCCUGCACCGCUGCAGCCUAGCCAAGCAGAGCAGUUUGUUUUAGUCGUAAUCCAAAGGAAACGCACGAAAGUCUCAACCCUUAGUCUAGCCUAAUCCUAGUUAAGAUAGAUGUACGGCACUUGAUGGAUCAAUAGCCACAUAGCCACAUUGUAUUAUUCAGACGCCACCACGACGAGGAACUCACACCUAGCAGCAGACGACGAUGCGAUGGAGACAGACAAGGGCACAGGCUUCUUUCGGUUUAGAAAGGUGCAUCGCAUAGACCGCAUAGAUCAGAUCGAAACUAGCCUAGAGCCUAAUAGACUAGAUAACUCCUACAUUUAAUACAAUAGCCUAAUGGCGAUUUAGACUGAACAUUUUCCCCCCAACUACCUUACUUGUAGGUCCCGAGUCUUAAGAUAUAAGGGGAAAAUGUAAAACAUAUUUACUUGAAACACUUGAUUUUUUCUCGCUUUUUGUUUAAAAACAAGGCAAAAGCUUCCAUUGAUUGUUCGUUUAUGAAUCUUCCGAUUGAAAAUACCUUUAUUGAAAUCUUUAUUUGAGCAUUAUUGUUUUUUAAAAAGCUAUUUUUCAAUGCCGAAGUUACUUUUUAAAUUGGUUGAUGUUCUUUUUUUUGUAUCUUCCAUUACAACCUAUUUUUGUUUCCUCAUUUUGAAAGGCCAAACAUUGGUUUAAGUAUUAUGAUUUGUAUAUAAACUAGUGUAGUCUUAAGGUUGCACAUAUUUAAGCAAUUUCUGUAAACGUAAGGCCCAUACGCUCACAGGACGAUAUUAUCUUAUGGAUGUGGUCUUAUCAAUGUAUUAUACAAAUAUAUUAACGCUUGGUAAUAGUAAAGCCUAAGAGAAUAACGAAAAUGUAUGCUGUAACGAAAUAAAGAAAUGUUCACUCGUAUAUAAAUGUA